AUGGGAUUUUCAAAGCUUGUGCCAUACCACUCAUCUUCCGGAGGCAAAUCGCAUUCAAAAUUAAGGGAUUUAACUCAUUCUCAUAAGGAGCGUCCGUUGGAACUUUCGAUCGAUAUCGAAUCUCCGCCAUGUGUUCUGUACGGCUCAGCGACCGAAUCUUCAGGAGCGCUUUUAAGUGGGCUGUUGACCUUAGAUAUCAAGGAUCCAUACGAUAGUGAGCCCCAUUCUGAGUUGGUCAGUCCCGUUAGCAGUCGAGAUGGGAAGCAUAAGGGUGCUUUGGGAUCUUCGCUUUCUUCCACACUGUCGCAUCUUUCUCUAUCUUCCCCGAACAUGUCACCGGUAGGGUCGUUGGCAAACCUGAAGAUCAUGUCUGGGUACACUAAAGUGUGUAUAACAUCCGUUACUCUUACCCUUGUGCAGAAAGUUCAAAUCCAUAAGCCAUUUUUGCCAGAUGGCCAAUCCUUCCACUCGUGCAUGAACUGUAAAACGAAAACUACCAAUAUGAAGACGUGGGAAAUCCAAACAAGCGCCCAGGACAUGCCGGUUGGCAGGCAUUCGUUUCCUUUCUCCUACUUGAUCCCAGGCUCCGUCCCCGCCAAGUCGUUUCUGGGUCUUAACUCGGGGACUAGAAUAAGAUACGAGCUGAUAGCCGUGGUGACGUACAAGGACCCUAAGCGGGGCCUGAACUCGCAGUCUAAGCAACAGUUGCUGCAACUCGCGAUGCCAAUUUCCGUCACAAGAAGCAUACCGCGCGGGCCAGACAAGAAUUCUUUGAGGGUUUUCCCUCCGACAGAAUUGACCGCAACGGCCGUCCUACCCAGUGUUGUGUAUCCGAAAUCUACGUUUCCUUUGGAGAUGAAACUGAAUGGUAUAUCUUCGUCAGAUCGCAGAUGGAGGAUGCGUAAAUUGGCCUGGAGAAUUGAAGAAAUCUCACGAGUACGGUGCAACGCCUGCGAUAUACAUAAGCAUGAAUUAAAACAGCUCGAAAAAUGUGUCAUAGAGAAAGAAUCGAAUAAGAAACCAAGCUCAGCGAUUAAAAAAUACGAUGCAGGACCACAAGUGAGGCUGACCGUUGGUCCCACCCAAGAUCCUGCGUCACAAGCUUUGCGGCGUAACUCGUCGCUAGGAGGGCCUCAAGCAGGCAACGAAGGCCCCCAAGAUGAGGACCGUGAUGAAGAGGGACCUAACAAUGAUUUCAUCCACCCUAAUGAUGAUGCCUUGCGACAACAAGUGCUACAGCAGCAGCAACGCGCAAGAGAGCAGCAGGUUCAAGAGGAGCUCAAGAACGAUAUCCAAAUAUACACAGAAGAAACGCGAACUGUUGCCCGAGGUGAAAUGAAAAGUGGCUGGAAGACGGAUUUCGAUAAUAAUGGACAAGUCGAUGUGAUCACCGAUAUAGAUUGUACGGCUCUUACUUCAGGCGUUACGAAUCCAAUAACUCACGUCUCGACUGCCAAGCCGUUUGUCGAGCCUGUGAAGCAGGACACCAAUGUUUCUUGUGACAUACAGGACCCGACUCUGGGUAUUAAUGUGUCGCACGUUUUGGCUGUCGAGAUUGUCGUGGCUGAAGAAACACUCCAAUAUGCGAACGGACAGCCGAUAAGAAAAUCUUCUACGUCCGUCUCGUCAUCUAAGCCGAAUCUCAAUGACCCUGAUCAGAGGCUAGCCGAACUUUCUCCCAUGUUUGCUAACAGGAAUAAUGUAAAAGCGAGACCUGUCGAGACAGAUUCUUUAACUCCUACCAAGUCUGGAAGCAGUACUAAGUCAACCCAUAGUGGCAAAGGAAACGGGGGCAACUCCACAGGCUCUAGGAUUAUUAGUGUGCCAACUGGUGCAGCUCGUGUACUGCGUAUGCAGUUUCGACUUAACGUUACCGAGAGAUCCGGUUUGGGCAUUUCUUGGGAUGAAGAGGUUCCCCCAAUAUAUCAAGAUGUUGGGUUGCUCUCGCCUCCGAGCUAUGAGAAUACUAUUUCGAAGAGCUCUACUUCUCAGUCCCUACCAUCGAUGUGUGAUUUGCCCUCCCCGUCAGAGACGCGUGGGGACCCAUUAUUAGCUCAGUCGAUAGCUCCUCCACCAAUAGCUCAUCACCAUAAUUCUUCAUCUUCCCUCAGAGCUCUUUCCUCUGUUCAAUCACCGCAGCUGGAAUCUGUGAUCAGUAUUCAAGGUAACAACCCCUUCAACGACCAUCUAUUGACGCCGCAUGCCACCAGGGAUAUACCAUUGCAAAACAUCUCGGAGCGCUUGGACAGUGAUAGGAUAACACAGUAA